AUGGGAAAAUCGACAAAUGCCAAUAAGCCCCUCACCCAGGAGGAGAUCUGGGAUGACUCUGCCCUCGUUCAGAGCUGGGACGAGGCUGUCGAGGAAUACAAACUCUACCACAGCAUUCAUGCCAAAGGCGAGAAUGUCGAAGAUGUCCUGAGAGAGGCAGAGGAUGCCGAGAAAGCUCCGGCGGUACAAGACGAGCAGCCGUUGGAUGAGUCGGCCGACCACAUGGAUGCUGACGCCGACGUGCCGGUAGUCAAUACUGCUGCCAAUACCACAGCUCCAGCCCAAACUCAACAGGUGCCACAGGUUGCCACGUCGCAGGCUACGAAUGGGCCAGACCGGCCACCUGGACGCAGUGACCAUGAAACGGAGCAAACGGCUGGGCCCGGGUCCAUAGGAGCAGCUUCUAUGCCUCAUCCCGCCCUAUCACAAGUUCAAGAUGAAGGACUGAAAAACCUUAUGAUGGCCUGGUACUAUGCUGGAUACUACACUGGUCUCUACGAGGGACAACAGCGAGCCAACCAGAAUAAAAGCUCACAGUAA